UUUGGACUUACGGACUCUGGUGACAUCAAGUAUAGAUUUAUGCUAGUUAUCUAUACACAGUGAUUGAUUUAAAUACGUGGCAAUAUUUAUAUAAAAUUAUGAAUUCAAUAAGAUUUGGAUUAUUAACAGUAAGCGAUAGCUGCUUUGAGUAUAAAAAGGAGGAUAAAAGUGGACCAGAGGUAGAAACUGAAAUUGAACAAAUUUUAAGAGGUCAAAUAUGUCAUAAAAGUAUUGUUCCGGAUGAUGCAUAUGCAAUAAAGGAGAAGCUGAUUUCUUGGAGUGAUAGCGGACAUGUAGAUGUUAUUUUCACCAUUGGUGGGACAGGAUUUUCAAAAAGAGAUGUAACUCCAGAAGCAACAAAAGAAAUUAUUCAAAAAGAAGCUCCUGGGAUAGUUAUAGCAAUGCUAAUGUCAAGUCUACAAAUUACUCCAAUGGCUAUGUUAUCAAGAGCUAUAUGUGGAAUACGGGGUAGAACAAUAAUUAUUAACCUACCAGGGUCUCCAAAAGCUGCAAAGGAAUGUUUAAGUAUAAUUGCACCUGCUAUACCUCAUGCUAUUGAUCUACUUAAAGACAACAAGGAAAGCAUAAGAGACGCGCACGGAUAUAUACAAAAUGAUUCUACUGAAAAAAUCUCUGUCCAAGAAUGUCGAAAUAAAACUUCAUUAUGUUUGGGAAGUAUAACUAAACGAAACAGAGAAUCGCCAUACCCUAUGAUUUCUGUAGAAGAAGCCUUACAAAUGAUAUUAAAAUAUGUUGAACCAUUAAGCAACAAAUCAAAUGAAGAUUUGGAAAAAGUUCAUGGCAAAAUAUUGAAUGGCAAUUUGUAUUCUAAAUAUGAUUUACCACCAUUUAGAGCGUCUAUUAAAGACGGUUAUGCAGUCUUGGCAAAUGAUGGAAAAGGCAGGAGAAAAGUAUUGAAUGGAAUAAAAGCAGGGGGCGUUGCCACUGGAAUUAAUCUUCAACCUGGUACAUGUGUAAGAGUAAAUACAGGUGCUCCGAUUCCAGAUGACGCAACAGCUGUUGUUCAAGUUGAAGAUACUAAACUUAUAAAAGGAACUGACGAUAAUACAGAAGAGAAAGAAAUCGAAAUUAUGUCAGAAGUAAAACAUGGACAAGACAUUAGACCUAUUGGCUGUGAUAUUAAAAAAGGAGAGUUAAUUCUAAAGGCAGGAACAAAACUUGGAGCAAUAGAACUUGGCCUUGCUGCAGCAUGUGGUUAUAAACAAGUAUUGAUCACCGAUGUUCCAAAAAUUGGUGUAUUGUCUACCGGAGAUGAAUUGCAAUGCCCUGGGACAGCUUUAAUGCCGGGGCAUAUAUACGAUAGUAACAAAGUUACAUUGUUAUUAAUGUUACGAGAAAACGGCUAUGAUGCUCUGGACAUGGGCAUUGCAAUAGAUGAUGAACACGUAAUGGUGAACAAGAUUAAACAUGCUUUAAAACAAGUUGACGUGUUAAUUACAUCAGGUUCUGUAUCUAUGGGUGACAGAGAUAUGUUAAAACCUAUUUUACAACAUUAUUUUGACGCUACAAUACAUUUUGGACGUGUAAACAUGAAACCUGGAAAACCAACAACUUUUGCAACAUGUAUGUUUCAAAAUAGAAAAAAAUAUUUGCUAUGUUUACCCGGUAAUCCAGUUUCGGCAACUGUUACUAUGUACUUAUUUGUACUACCUUUACUAAAGCAAUUAUCUAAGGACUACUCCACACCUACUAUUGUGAAAGCAAAAUUGACAUCAUCUUAUAAUUUGGAUCCGCGUGCCGAAUACGUAAGAGCAAUAUUAAAAUGGACUGACACGGAUACACUACCAUUAGCUUAUAGUACUGGAAACCAAAUUAGUAGUAAAUUACUUAGCUGCAGAAAUGCAAAUGCAUUAUUAAUGUUACCAGCCCGUACAACACAAAAGACUGUAUUACAACAAGGAGAGGUUGUACAAGCAAUGCUGUUGGGAUUUAUGCAGUAUACAUAAUUAAAUGAAGGGAAGAAUGCUAAAUAAAAAAAUAAAAAUGAAAUUAUUGUAAAUGUUUCAGAAUUUAAUAGUUAACAGAGUUAGUUUUAUUAAUAGAAUUCAAAAUAUAUUUGUAAAUAAUUUGUACGAACUUUU